UGCUUAUAGGGGCAGGCUGCUGUGGCUUUAAGGAGUCUGUUCUGUUGGUCUGUUAUUGGAUGGUAGAUAUGUGCUCUGUGCACCAAUAGCAUGCAGAACUGUACAAAGAGAUCUACUCCCUCCCCCCAGCCUCAGCACCGUAACCCUUAGAAUACUCAGAGCUGGAGGAGAGAGAGGGAUGCGCUCACAUUCACGGAGAUACACUAGAAUCUAAAAACAACAUACUUUCUGCUAUACAAAAUUAAUCGAAAAUGCUAAAUGGAAUAUACAUUCUGGAGAUGUAUUUUGGUAUGAAGCUCUUUUUUAUGGACAAUAUUUCAAACGGAAUUGUGUUGUAACGGAUCAGGGAUGACAAAGAGAAUUGGAUACCGAAACUGGAGAUGGUUGGCUCUUUGGUGGCGUCAUUUCAUUCUCUUGUGGAGUACAAUAAACGGACAGACUCGCUACACCAUCCCGGAGGAACUGAAACAGGGCUCUGUGGUAGGAAAUCUAGCCAAAGAUCUGGGUUUGGGACUCUCUGAGAUUUUUGACCGUAAACUGCAUGUCGCCUCUGAGGCUGGUAAGCAGUAUUUCAAUGUGGAUGCGGGGAAGGGCGAGCUGGUCGUCAAUGAGAGAAUAGACAGAGAGACUUUAUGCGGACAAAGCGCCAGCUGCGUUUUACCUCUGCAGGUUGUCAUUGAGAAUCCGUUACAGUUGCACCGUAUUGAGGUGGAAAUACGAGACAUAAAUGACAAUUCUCCUAAUUUCUUAACAAAAGAUCGUGUUCUGAAAAUGGCUGAAUUGACAGCUGUAGGCGCGCGUUUUCCGUUGGAAAGUGCAGAGGACCCCGAUGUGGGAAGUAAUGCACUUAAAUCCUACAUUCUUAGUAAAGACGAAUGUUUCAGUGUAAAAGUGAAAGACAUUGAAGGAGGACGAAAAAUCCCAGAGCUAGUGUUAGAGAAGCCACUGGACAGAGAGAAAAAAGCUGUCCAUGAGCUAUUAUUGACGGCUCUAGAUGGAGGCACUCCGGCUAGGUCUGGAACUUCACAGAUCACGGUCACUGUCCUUGAUAAUAAUGACAAUAAUCCCGUAUUUCAGAAAUCUGUAUAUAAUGUAAGGGUUAAUGAAAAUAGCGAAAAGGGCACUUCCUUGAUUAAGCUUGAGGCUACUGACUCAGACGAGGGUGUCAACGGGGAGAUAGAAUAUUCAUUCGGCGAGCAUACACUAGAGUCAGUGUUAUCUGUGUUUGAUAUUGAUGCAGUUACGGGGGAAAUGUUUCUAAGAGGGGAAUUAGAUUAUGAGAGUGCAGCUUAUUAUCGUAUAGACAUUACUGCUGUAGAUAAAGGCAUCCCAGAAAUGGAGGGACACUGUCGGGUACAGGUCGAAGUAACAGACGUUAAUGACAAUGCUCCCGAAAUUGUCCUCACCUCCAAACCUAGUCCAGUGCGCGAAGACGCACCGAGUGGCACGGUAGUGGCUUUGAUCAGUGCCCGUGACCUAGACUCUGGGAAUAACGGUAAAGUAACGUUACAACUUACAAAAGGCCAUCCUUUUAGUCUGAAACCGUCAUUUUCUGAUAAUUAUGCACUGGUCACCAGUGGUGUUUUAGACAGAGAGAGUUUCUCAGAGUAUAAUAUUGAGAUAACAGCCACUGAUUCGGGCUCCCCUCCCCUGACUACCAAGAAAACUAUACCAGUCAGCAUCAUUGAUGUCAACGACAACCCCCCUAAAUUCAGCCAGUCCUCAUAUAAUGUCUAUUUAAAAGAGAAUGGACUACCAGGAUCCAUGCUAUCCUCAGUAUCUGCAUCUGACCUGGAUUUCGGAGAUAAUGCCAAGAUCUCCUACUCCAUCCUAGACUCCAAAGUGCAGGACGUUUCUGUGUCUUCCUAUGUGUACAUGAACACUGAUAACGGCAGUAUCUACAGCAUGCACUCGUUUGACUAUGAGAAACUAAAGGUGUUUCAGAUUCUGGUGCAGGCCAAGGACCAUGGCUCUCCCUCUCUGAGCAGCAACGCCACUGUCCAUGUUUUUAUCCUGGACCAGAACGACAAUGCCCCCACUGUUAUUUACCCCUCCGCUGCCCUGGGCUCGCUCUCUCACCAGAAGAUGCCCCGCUCCGCUAAAGCAGGCCACUUGGUUACUAAGGUAACGGCCGUGGACGCAGACUCGGGCCAUAACGCCUGGAUCUCAUAUAAACUGGUGGAGGCCACAGACACGUCUCUGUUCAGUGUCAAUCUUUACACGGGGGAGGUGAGGACUAAACGCGCUGUGUCCGAUCAGGACGACUCCUCUCAGAGGCUGCUUAUAGAGAUACAGGAUGACGGGGUGCCGGUCCGGUCCGCCACGGUCACACUGACCAUACUGGUAGAGGAAGGGCUCCACGAACUCAUCUCGGACCUUCGGCAGAAAGCGCCAGAGCCUAGCAAGAAAAGCGGGAGAAUCACCCUGUAUUUGAUUCUCUCGCUGGCCUCGGUGUCCGUGCUGUCUCUGGUGACUUUUGGCAUCUUAGCAGUCAAAUGCGUUAGAAACAGCAGGAGCAGCGGUAGUUGCUGCAUGAGACGGGACGACUUGGACAGCUACAAGAACCCCAACAGAAACCUGCAGAUUCAGCUCAACACUGACGGGCCGAUUAAGUACGUGGAGGUCCUGGGAGGGGACAUGUUGUCUCAGAGUCAGUCCUUCAGGUCCUGUCUCUCUCCCAUGUCAGAGUUCAGUGAUUUCACCUUCGUUAAGCCCAGCAGCACCACUGAUUUUAAGGAGAUGAUCAACGUCCUAGACGCGUCUUUACCCGACAGCGCCUGGACCUUUGAGAGCCAGCAGGUGAGAAGUGACGUCCGUCUAUAAUUUACUGUGGACUGU